AUGGCUGUACGAGCACAGUUUGAGAACUCCAACGAAGUCGGAGUUUUUGCAACCCUCACCAACAGUUACUGCCUCGUGGCCAUCGGUGCCUCCGAGAACUUCUAUUCCAUCUUUGAAUCCGAGCUCGCAGACCUCAUCCCCAUUGCACACUGUACCAUUGCGGGCACUCGCAUUGUCGGUCGUUUGACGGCGGGGAACAAAAAUGGCUUGCUAGUCCCGACUUCUACCACCGACCAGGAACUACAACACCUGCGCAAUACCUUACCGGACAGCGUGAAAAUAGAACGAAUUGAGGAACGAUUAUCGGCCCUUGGAAACUGCAUAGUUUCCAAUGAUCACGUUGCUCUCGUCCACCCAGAUCUCGAACGAGAAACUGAAGAAAUCAUCGCAGAUGUCCUCGGUGUCGAAGUAUUCCGACAAACCAUUGCUGGAAACGUUUUGACCGGCUCUUACAUGUCUCUCACCAAUCAGGGCGGCAUCGUCCAUCCUAAAACGAGCAUUCAAGAUCAAGACGAACUCAGUUCUCUAUUACAAGUGCCCCUGGUGGCAGGGAGUGUGAACCGGGGAAGCCCCGUUGUGGGAGCCGGAAUGGUGGUUAAUGACUGGCUCGCGGUCACGGGCAUGGAUACAACCGCGACGGAAUUGAGUGUCAUUGAAAGUGUCUUCAGGCUCGGUGAGGGUGGACCUGGUGGUUUGGAUGCCAGAAUGAACGCCAAUAAGGAGAGCAUUGUGGAAAGCUUCUACUGA